ACGGCUGACGUUGUUUAAUUCUUCUGUUAUAGCAACAAGCUAGUGCUAAACCGGUAUAUGAACAAGGUUUAUUGUGAAUGAAAUAUCUUAAUGUCAAAUUCAUGUGCAUUUGUUCAAAAUUUCGGAGUCUGUGUUUUAAGCUGUGCGAAUAUUUAUUUCAAAUCAGCUUUUACACACGUUUUGCUCUUCUGCAUCUAAUAUUGAGGAUUGGUACUAUACAGACGAAUACCUGUGACAAUAAUUAGUAGACUCUGUUACACUUGCCAUAAAGCUUAAACGUGCACAUAAUGAAAAUGGGCGACAGUAAAUUAUUGGAUACCACACAGGUGAUCAAUGGUAUCGCUGUGUUGCUCUCGUUUUUCGUAGGUUACAAAUAUGCCCUAAAAAAGCAUGAUGUCAGCCAGGAUAACGCGGGUGCCACGAGUACUAGCCAGGGCCGAGGGGAUGCUGCCACCUCCGCUGAGGGUUUUUUUGCUAGCUUUAGCAACAAUUACAAAAUGGUAUUGGUGGUGCGCAAUGACCUUAAAAUGGGUAAGGGCAAAAUAGGUGCACAAUGUGGACAUGGUGCUGUGGGUGCCUAUCAGAAAGCGGUGCAACGCAAUCCACGUUUGGUGCGUGCUUGGGAGAAUACCGGUUGUGCUAAAAUUGCGCUACGUGUUGAGAGUGAACCAGAAAUGAUGGCCAUUAAACGCGCAGCGGAAGCACACAAUCUGACAACAUGUUUGAUACGUGACGCUGGUCGUACACAAAUCGAACCAAAUUCUAAAACUGUACUAGCCAUUGGUCCAGCAACCGUCGAAGAUAUCGACAAAGUUACUGGACAUUUGAAGUUGUUGUAAACUUUACUGCUUAUUCUUGAACAAAUCAAGAUACUCUACGCGGUAGCAAUACGCUUAACAAUUUAGUGUAAGCUCAACAGAAUAAAAAAAUACGCAAGCGUAAUAUUAAAAAUUUUAUAUUUAGAAUACAAUAAGUUGUUACUUUACAUACAUUUUAACUUGAUUAAAAUACAUAAUUUAUUUAAAUUCUUAUAAAUACGGUUAUUUAAAAACCCA